AUGAUCCAGUCCCUCGGAUACCCCGUGGAGGUGCACCACGUGACCAGCGGGGACGGCUACAUCCUCGAACUGCACCGCAUCCCGUACGGCUUGUCCUCGAGGGGCAACGGAGACCGCCCUGUGGCCUUGCUUCACCACGGGAUGCAUGGGUCUUCGGCGGACUGGAUCUUGAACACGCCCGACCAGGCUCUGGGUGAGUGCUGGGACCUAAUAGCAUUUUUGUUGUUGUUUAUUGAAAUAUCCUAUAUCCUGGCAGACAAGGCCUACGACGUGUGGUUGGCCAACGCGCGAGGCAACAGGUACUCGCGCGCGCAUCGAACUCUCGACCCAAACGACAUCAAAUUCUGGAACUUCAGUUGGGACGAAAUGGCUGACUGGGACCUCCCUGCGAUGAUCGACUACAUACUACGAACCACCGGAGAGCGAGCUCUGUUUUAUGUUGGUUUUAGUAUGGGAACUACUGUGUUGUUUGCUAUGCUGAGCGAACACCCAGAAUAUAACGAUAAGAUCCGCGCUAUGGCCGCCUUGGCUCCUGUGGCUUACCAGGGGAACGCGAGAGGUCUUGCAUCAUUUGUGGCUCCCUUCAUUAACGAGAUUGACGUGAGUGCAGGUCCACUAGGUCUUGCGACGCUCACUGGCAUGGGUGUGGGUGAGGCUUUCCCGAAUAGUGAACCCCACCGUUCAUUGGCGGCUUAUUUCUGUGACAAACACUCGCCCUUACAGAAAAUUUGUCGCAAGAUCCUUUCCGUCAUCGAGGGACCCAGUCCUGGUGAAACGAACAGAGACUUCUUGCCUAAGAUCGUUGCGCACAUCCCAGCCGGUACUUCCGUUCACACCGUCUCUCACUUCGGGCAACUCAUGACUUCAGGGGAAGCGGCGAUGGAACCAGGAAUGGAGAGAAACAUGUCAACCAUGCAAAGAACACCAGUAACAGAAAAUAGGUACCACGUAGUACCACGUGUAAUUCAGUAUUGUUUACACAACAGGAAUGACACGGAGCCUUUAGACGUUGAGAUGGCUCAAAUGCUUCACUUGAGUUUUGCUAGACAUGGGUUUCUACACCGAGAAAAGGUCCUUCUCACAGACGGAUUCUUCAAGUUCGACCUCGGUCCGGCUGGCAACCUCAAAAGGUAUGGCCAGAGUCAACCGCCUUCUUAUAACCUGGGUCGAACGCUGAUUCCGGUUGCCAUAUUCGCCGGGGAGAACGAUUAUUUGGCAGACCCUCGAGACGUGGAGCUGACGGAGCGAGAACUGCCCAACGUGGUCCAGACGACCGCCCUCGCGUCCUUCAGUCAUGUGGAUUUUAUUUUGGCUGCCCACGCCUACGAAUAUGUGUACAAAAAUGUACUGGAUUUUUUCUCGAGCUACAUGGAGAAUUAA